UAGUGAUCUUUAUGGAAUAAGCAAACUCUUCAUAGUUACUUGUGUCUUGAUUGACAUUAGCACAGUACAUUAUUAUCUAGUACAUCAAGUCUUCUCCUGCCAAUUCUCCCAUCAUUCAAUUCCAAAUACUGGACGUCAGGGAAUUAGAUGUCUUUAUGCUGCCAGCAUUUCAGCACCCCCCCUCCCUAAUGACUGCCAGUUAUGCCAUGAGAAAGACUCUGUGUACUGAAUUGACAUGACGUUGUCAGUGUCAGCCUCUUUAAAUAGAGAAGGAGACGGACACUCAAGACACUGAAAUGCUAACAUUGAUUUGAUGUGCAUUAGACAAUAAGCACUAAGCACAGGAACUUUUUAAAGCAAAAUAAUGGCAAGGAUGGCUUCAGAAGAAAUGCCGCGGCAGUUCCCGAAGAUCUCCUUGUCCGAGGUGGAUGAGCAAGUGAAGAGGCUAGCUGAAAAGGUGUAUGCAUCAGCAAUACAUGAGGAGAACACCAAAGAUGUUAUGUCCUUGUUUACUGUGCAUGAGGACUGUCCCAUUGGCCUCCAUCAAGCUAAGGAGCGAGAGCUGCGUAAAGAGCUGGCUGAGGAUAAUUCUGAAGAGAGCGUUAAACGGAAGAAAAGUUUGAGGCUGAUCCGUUCCCAGUCUAUAUCUUUACAGAUCCCUGGGGCAUCUGAGUGGGCAAAGACGGUCAUUGCUCCUCUCCUCACCCCAGAUAUACCAGAUUCUCCUGAAAUAAGCAAUGCCCCAGAGUUCCAGAGGGUCUCUAUCAGUGGAGACUACUGUUCAGGGAUCACAGUUGAAGACUAUGAGCAGGCAGCAAAAAGCCUGCUGAAAGCAUUAUUUAUCAGGGAGAAAUAUGCCCGACUGGCAUACCACCGUUUUCCCAGAACCACUGCCAAGUUUCUAAGGAGUGCCAAUAAUGACACCUGGAGUGAAGAAGAUGAUGUUCUGCCAGAUAGCACACCAUGUCCAAGUGAGGGUGAGGACCCAUACAGUAUGGAGGACAUCCCUCAGAACCUGAAUUACCUCCUGAAGAUGAAAGAUGGCAUCAUAUAUGUGUAUGAUGAUGCAGAAGCUUUGAGUAAAGACACGCCACACACUUUACCAUACCCUGACAUGGAGACCUUCUGUAUUGACAUGACUCAUAUCCUUGCCAUGAUUGCUGAUGGACCAACGAAGACCUAUUGUCACAGAAGGCUAAACUUCCUUAUGUCCAAGUUCUACUUACAUGAAAUGUUAAAUGAAUUGGCAGAGCUAAAGGAACUAAAGAGUGUUCCACAUAGGGACUUCUACAAUGUCAGGAAGGUAGACACUCACAUUCAUGCAGCAGCCUGCAUGAACCAAAAGCACCUGCUCCGGUUCAUCCAGGACACAUGCAAAAAAGAGGCAGAUCGAGUGGUGUUGGACAAGAAUGGGAAAAAGGUCACCCUAAAGCAGGUGUUUGAAAAUCUCCACAUGGACCCUUAUGAUCUUACGGUGGAUUCGUUGGAUGUGCACGCCGGCAGGCAAACAUUCCAUCGUUUUGACAAGUUUAACUCCAAAUACAACCCAGUAGGUGCGAGUGAGCUUCGCGAGAUCUACCUAAAAACUGACAACUUAAUUAACGGAGAAUAUUUUGCACGUCUUAUAAAGGAGGUAGGCCAUGAUUUGGAAGAGAGUAAGUACCAGUACGCAGAGCCCCGCCUCUCCAUCUAUGGCCGUUCUGCCAGUGAGUGGGAAAACCUAGCAAAAUGGUUCAUUCAGCAGAAGUUGUACUCGCCCAACCUAAGAUACAUGAUUCAAGUGCCAAGGAUAUAUGACAUUUUCAGAUCCAGGAAGAUCAUUCCAAACUUUGCCAAGAUGCUCGAGAACAUCUUUCUUCCUCUGUUCGAGGCUACUGUUAACCCUCAGAAGCACAAAGAAAUUCACGUUUUUCUGAAAUAUGUGACAGGCUUUGACAGUGUGGAUGAUGAGUCCAAACAUAGUGAUCACAUGUUCUCCUAUAAGAGCCCUAAACCAGAGGAAUGGACCAUGGAGGAAAACCCACCUUACAGUUACUACCUCUUCCACAUGUAUUCCAACAUCAUGGUGCUGAACAACCUGCGAAAGGAACGUGGCCUCUGUACUUUUCAGUUCCGUCCUCACUGUGGAGAAGCUGGCUCCAUUACUCACCUGGUGUCCGCCUUCCUCAGCGCUGACAACAUCUCUCACGGCCUCAACCUGAAGAAGAGUCCUGUGCUGCAGUACCUUUAUUACCUUGCCCAAAUACCCAUUGCCAUGUCUCCUCUGAGCAACAACAGCCUGUUCCUGGAGUAUUCUAAGAACCCAUUAAGAGAGUUCCUCCAUAAGGGCCUGUGUGUCUCACUGUCCACUGAUGACCCCAUGCAGUUCCACUACACCAAAGAGGCGCUAAUGGAGGAGUAUGCUAUCGCAGCACAGCUGUGGAAGCUCAGUACUUGCGAUGUCUGCGAGAUUGCUCGAAACAGUGUCAUACAAAGUGGUAUCUCACAUCAGGAGAAGAAACACUUCUUAGGUGAGAACUACCUACAGGAUGGACCAGAGGGGAACGACAUCCGCCGUACCAAUGUGGCCCAGAUCCGCAUGGCCUUUAGGUUCGAGACUCUGUGCAAUGAGCUCAGCUUCCUGGUGGAUGCUUUUAAAUCUGUGUGCAUGACUGGAGAGAAAGCAUAAUUAUAUUAGGAUUUAUAGCAGUCAUAGAUGCAGAAAUAGAGAACCAGGAAGCCUAAGUCCGUUAUGAGCUCAUUGAAAAUAUACCAAUAGAACUUGAUUCCUGCAUACAGGAGUUUGUAUGCUGUUGGUGAUUGUACCAAGUCACACACGCACAUGCAUAAGUGCCUUACAGUUGAUUCAGUUCUCAACCUAUUCUGUUUAGAAAGGAAACAUUUACAGUAGAGAAAUAUAUACAAAAUACAUGCAUGAUUCCCAAAACAGACUAAGGGUUUAGUUUUACUUUGUGUUCUAUUACUUAAGUAUGAAUACAAUGUUGUUUUUUAAUAAAAAAUAACAAAAACACUUCUGUAUGCAUUAGUCAAAUAAAUGCUUGAGUUGAGUUACUAAGUACCUUGUUAAACUUGUAAAACCGCAAUGCUUGGGGUUGUUUUUUUUUGUGUGAACUUCUUGUGUGAAAAGUGGAACAAUGCUUUGUCUCUUUUAUUCUGAGCUGUGCCAUUUUGUUCUACCCUGUGAGAAACACAGCAUUUGCACAAUGUUGUUAAUGUAGAAAUGUUACCGGACCAGGAUCUGUUUUCUUUUUGUUUGCAUUUUUCUGUUUUUUUGGUACUUACAGAGAUCUGAAAACUGUCUAGCAGUAAAGGUGUGCUCAACAAUGGUGUGCUUUCGGGUUUAAGGACAAGCUUUUUACAUUUAAUAAACAUUCUUUGCAAAUAAA